CGGAAUAGAUUGGACGGGAGGGGGGCGGGGUGAAGCCGGGGAGACUCAGCCCUGGCGAAAAGGACCCGUCCUUCCAAUGCAAUGCAGUAGGUAAUUUGCAAGGAUCCGCCACUCGCAUUCCGUAUGCAAAUGAGGAGGGCCUCUGGGCGGGGCGGAGCGCGGCCGGGAUUCAGCACCGAGGGUCGGAAGAGCACGCCGAGCCCGGGGAGCAUCGCUUCUUCUCCGGCCGGCGCCCCGGAGGAGGGACGCCGCGCUCCGGGAGACAGUAGAUGAGGCUUGAAGCGCUCACGCCCCGCUGCGAAGCUGUCGAAAUCCCAGACUGCGAAGAGCCGUCAGUUCAGCCUCUUCGCGCCCGAGGUUUCAGGGGCCGGUCAUUGCUCCAUCCCUGGAGAGAGAUCCCUUCCCCGAGGAAGUGAAAAUAAUGAACUUUUGGAGGUAUUGCUGUUUUGCUUUCAUCCUGCUCUGUGUGGUUAUUUUGGUGAUCCUUUAUAGUAGCCAGUUAAACGUGCCAAAGAGUUUCGGGAAGGUGAACGGUUCCAGUCCAAGGUAUUCUCCAGUGCAAGCCUGUGAUGACGCCUUAGGAGCCAAGUCAGCCUUUCUGUGGGGGAAGACCUUACCAUCCCCUUUGGGAAGCGUCCCUUGUAAGGACUACCUGAUCCAGAAUCACUACAUCACAAGCCCCCUGUCGGAAGAAGAAGUCGCUUUCCCUUUGGCUUAUGUCAUGGUCAUCCAUAAGGACUUUGACACUUUUGAAAGGCUCUUCAGGGCUAUCUAUAUGCCCCAGAACGUCUACUGUGUUCAUGUGGAUGAGAAAGCCCCGGCUGAGUUUAAGGCAUCUGUAUGGCGGUUACUGAGUUGCUUCCAAAACGCUUUUGUCGCGUCAAAGAUAGAACCUGUGGUCUACGCAGGCAUUUCCAGGCUUCAGGCUGACCUGAAUUGCCUAAAAGACCUUGCGGCCUCCAAGGUCCCAUGGAGGUACGCCAUCAACACGUGUGGGCAAGAUUUCCCCCUGAAAACCAACAAGGAGAUAGUCCGGUAUCUGAAAGGAUUUAAAGGGAAAAACAUUACCCCGGGGGUACUGCCUCCGGAUCACGCAAUUAAACGGACUAAGUAUGUCCACCAGGAGCACAUAGGCAAGGAUGGCUCUUUUGUGAAAAAUACUAAUAUUUUGAAAACCUCGCCUCCACAUCAGCUGACCAUCUACUUUGGCACCGCCUAUGUGGCCCUUACGAGGGAGUUUGUCAACUUUGUCUUCCAUGACAAAAGGGCCAUUGAUCUACUACACUGGUCAAAAGAUACUUACAGCCCCGACGAACAUUUCUGGGUGACACUUAACAGGAUUCCAGGUGUCCCGGGCUCCAUGCCAAAUGCAUCGUGGACCGGUAACCUCAGGGCUAUAAAGUGGAUCGACAUGGAAGAUAAACACGGCGGCUGCCAUGGCCGCUACGUACACGGCAUUUGUAUCUAUGGAAACGGGGACUUGAAGUGGUUGAUCAAUUCGCCCAGCCUCUUUGCUAACAAGUUUGAGCUGACUACGUACCCCCUCACUGUGGAAUGCCUGGAACUGAGGCUUCGAGAAAGAACCCUGAAUCAGAGCGAAACCGUGAUCCAACCCAGCUGGUACUUCUGAGCCACUCUAACCCGUGAUCGGAGGGCAGUCGCGGCCUUUUCUUCGUGAGAGAACCCGGCCCCGCUUACGGUAACGGUUGUAGCCGCGAGGUCACGGCUGCAGGACCUGGCCGGGUUAUUGUGUGUUACAACACCCGCCGGGCACUGGGAACUGUGCAAUCAGGAGCACUGGGACGAUGCUGGCACGUUCGGCAUCCUGGCCUUCUCUUGACGGUUGUUCCACGUCGGGCUCGUGAUCAGAUCCGUGGCCAGUGGAACUGGCGUCAGACCUUUGCACCAGAUACUCAUCAGAGCGAGAUGCUCUCACGCAAAGGAGAGCUAUAGAUAAUACUGUUUAGGAAAAUAGGAACUGUGUUUCUCCGGAGAAGGAAUCUCCUAUGCCAGACCCGUAGCCACGCGUUCAUGGGUACCCCUCCUCUUUGCUCAGCGGCCCCCCGGGCAUAGAAACAGCUUCCUGGGCACCUCAGCAAUCUCCUUUAAAACCUGAGCUGCUAGAAUGGAGAACUAGAUCGUGUUUCCUGAGUUUCAACACGAGCACGGUGAGCUUACCGUGUCUGAAGGUCUGUACAGAAUGUAAAGUCGUUAACGAGAGGCGGGAUAUGCUAUCAGACAGCAGUCACUGGCGGCUGCUUCGGCAAAGGGACCCCAGGGAAACGGGACCUUUCUUGUGGGUCAGAAUGUACUCUCGUCCCUCUUCCAUUGUUUUCCAUGUCGAAUGCUAAAAAGUUCCCACCGAAUGAAGAUGUUUCUAGAACUGAAGUGCUGUUGCAUGGCUCUCAUCCCAAGUCUCGAACCCUCAGGAAUGAAUCACUCGCCUCUUGGAUCACCACCCUCCACCCCCCACCAAAGUGAUCUUACCUGCAAAAUGGAGUCCAGACUCUAUGCCGCGACACUUCAAGGACUCCAGAGUAUUUUCUGAGUAGCUUUACAAUGCUUGGUGCUGAUAAGAGUGCCUAGAUUUUUAAGAGCUUUCAGCUGUGAGUGAGCUGCUUUGUCGCUUAUCCCUUGUCCCGUUCUCUUACCCAAUUCGUUCCCUCAGCACACAGUAAAUAUUUCUUGAGCGUCUGUUAUACACCAGAUAUGUGCUUGAGACAAGGAGAAAAGUAAGACAGAAGCUACUUGCGUCUGAAAUUCUUGAUAAUAGCAUCCACGUGGGGAAGGCUGCUCUAGAGAAUCUCACAGACUGCUUGUAUUUUAACGCAUUCACAUCCAGGGUCGUAGUUUGGGCUGUCCGGCCAGGGAUCUGAGUAGUCAGAAAUGAGGGUCUAAAUCAGAGACCAUUCCAAAGAAAGAAGGGAAGGAAUAGACCGAAGCUGAGGCCUGUUAGCGGGCUCAUUGCGUUAAAACCUUACAAACACUCUUGGGAGGCUCACACGAUUACCCCCAUUUUGCAGAUAAAUUAAGCAAGGCUUAGAGAGGUUGUUGAUAAGCAUUAGGAAACAAGUUCUCUGAGGAUUGGGAUGUUCUUACUGGUCUCCUUAGUUCAGUUUCCUGAGAAGGUGAGAUAAAGCCAUAGUUAGUAUACCAGAGGGUAGGUUUUAAGAGCAGUGUCAGUGUUAAUAUGAGAAAAUGUCCUGUCACGUCGGAAAAAUGUGAAGUCUACUUUUGUAUUCCUACAUCCAUUGAGUUCCUUAAUAUUUAUUUAUUCUCACCAAAAAAAGUUAACUACAGCUAAUGAUACCCUUAAUACGGUUUUGCCCUUUUUUCUCUCACUGUGUCUGUUGAAUGUUUGUUGUACUUAAGGGAAUGCCUUUGAAGUAAAGCCUUAUUUUUGUCCAGCUACCGAAAAAGACGGAACUGUGCAAAGUGGUAAAGGGUUGAAGCAUAAGGAACCCGUCUGGAGCUAAUGAGUCUAAAAAUCAUCUUUUCUUUCAACUUCGUUAAAUGACCCCCACCUGAGAAGAAGACACGUUUUACACUGGAUCGUUCUCCUCUAGAACGAGAAGCCUUUGGGAAUAGAAGAUGUUUACAUGUCUGUUGUUGGUCCAUCUCUGUGUCUUAAAAACCUUAAUAUUGGAAGAUUGUAGUGUUUGGGCAAGUGGGUUUCCACUAGCCUCCAGGGAUGGCUGAAACUUCUAAACCCAUCCUUGUUUUUCAUGAUGUUCCAUGUUGUUGUCUUGGAAAUAAAUUAAUAUAUUGUUUUCCACC